UUGGUUCUUUAACUUGUCUUUACGUAAUCAGUCUUUUGCCAACCCUAACAAUUUCCCCAAUCGGCCAAUCUUUCUCUGCUCAUCUACAGAGAGUCAUCCUUCGUUUGGGAUUCGGAUUAGGGUUUCCCAAUCACCACUUUCUCACUCAUCUUGCAGCCAUGGAUGCUCAGAGAGCUCUUCUUGACGAACUCAUGGGUUCAGCUCGCAACUUGACGGAGGAAGAGAGGAAAGGAUACAAAGAAGUGACGUGGGACGAUAAGGAAGUGUGUGGAUUCUACAUGGUGCGGUUUUGCCCUCACGAUCUCUUUGUCAACACUCGCAGCGAUCUUGGACCUUGCCCAAGAAUACAUGAUCCGAAGUUGAAAGAAAGCUUUGAGAAUUCCCCAAGACAUGAUGCAUUCGUACCCAAAUUUGAAGCUGACCUUGCUCAGUUCUGUGAGAAAUUGGUAAUGGACUUGGAUAGAAGAGUAAGACGUGGGCGAGAACGUCUUGCUCAAGAGGUGGAGCCAGCACCAGCGCCUCCAUUGACUACUGAAAAGUCUGAACAGCUAUCCGUGCUGGAGGAGAAGAUAAAGAAUCUUCUGGAACAAGUUGAAUCUUUAGGUGAAGCUGGGAAGGUUGAUGAAGCUGAAGCUCUUAUGAGGAAGGUGGAUGCACUCAAUGUUGAGAAAACGGCAUUAACACAGCCUCAAAAUGAUAAGGUGUUGAUGCUUGGUCAGGAAAAGAAGAUGGCACUAUGUGAGAUAUGUGGUUCUUUUCUUGUGGCAAAUGAUGCUGCGGAAAGGACUCAGUCCCAUAUUACUGGGAAGCAACAUGUUGGUUAUGGCAUGGUUCGCGAUUUCAUAUCCGAAUACAAGGCUGCCAAAGAGAAGGCCGUUGAAGAAGAAAGAUUAGCUCGGGAAAAAGAGGCAGAAGAGCGAAGGAAACAGAGGGAGAAGGAUCAUGAGAGAAGACGACGAAGUGAUUCAAGUGAUAGGGACAGGCAUCGGGAUAAAGAUCGAGAUAGGGACAGGGAUAGGUACAGAGAUAGAGACCUAGAUCGUGAAAGGUCUCGGGAGCUGGAUGGUAGAGGUAAUCGAGAUGGGGGAAGGGGCAUGGAUUCUAGGUUGAGGAAUGGAAGAAAUGGAGGCAGAGACAGGUACCGCAACAAAAGCAGGUCACGCUCCCCCGUUAGGCACAACUACAGGCGGCACUCCUGAAAUCUGGUUUCUCAAAUUUGGGGAAUUUCUUGAUAGAUGUCGGAAUUUGAAUUAAAAAGAGGUAGAUCUUAAUAUCCCAAGACUUAGAUAAAUAUGUGUUUUGGAGUCCUGAGUUUUCUCAUCAUCAAGGGUGAAUUUAUUUUGUUUCUUAUGUCAGAGCUUUGUUGAGACUAUACAAUCUCCCUUCCAUCAAUAUUAUUUAUGGAGAAAAAAGGGUUGAGGUAGGUAUUUUACUGUUGUAAUUUUUUCCUCUUGCAUGACUGAUCUCUGAAAGUGUAGUCCAGUCUUUCUUUACUCGCAUUUUCUAGAAGUCAUUUGAUCGGUUUAAGAUGUCAGACACAAAAUUACAUGCAUGGUUGUCAUUGCUGCUGAGGGGGAUGGUUUUCUCAUGUUUUGAGGUAACCUGUGAAUCUUAUAUCCUGAGAAAAAUAUGAUAUUUGUUCAUAGUAGAAAUCAUGUUUGGUUUCCCGUAA